UACACUAUAUUCCACUAAUGGACUGACCUGCACAUCAUGUAUAUCUGCCUCCAUAAUGGCUUCCGCUGGUGCUAUCAGUCAGUCUUAAAUGCAAAGACCAGCAGACCCAAGCACAACUCCAUCAAGCUCUCUAUUCAACACAUUUAGUGAGUCCUGGAUAAACUCAGUCUUCUUUAAAUGACUCAUGGAGAGAUCCUGGAUUUUGGAAAUUUAAAUUAUGUUGGACCAGACUUACUACAUCAUGGAAAUCAGAUCUGACCUUUGACCUCAAGACCAAAGAGUGGCCAAAUCAGGCUUGUGGAAGAUGGAGAAGCCCAGAGUUCUGUUUCAUGCUUGGUGUACCACACUGUAAACAAUGGAGACAUCAGGAUUACCUCCAGCACCAGAGCUUAAUGAAACCCAACUUAAUGAGACAUUGAGCCAUGGCCACCCAAUGCAUCUGGCACCCAGCAUGCAGUUAGGGAGCAUGUCCAACCCGCAGUCACGUUUGCAAGACAUGAUGGGGCUUGUUGUCAUGGUGAUACUUAAUGUGGUAGCACUCUUGGCUAACAGUGGCGUUUUAGCAGUAGUAGUAAAAGCGCCCCAUCUCCGCAAGUUCAUCUUAGUCUGUCACCUGUGCAUUGUGGAUUUGUUAUGUGCCGCCCUGCUCAUGCCUCUUGGCAUUGUCUGUGGCUCGCCAUUCUUCGCUGGUGUAGUUUUUUCCGUACUCGAAUGCAGGUUGUACGUGUUCCUCAAUGCCUUUUUAAUAUCUGCCUCGAUAUUCACAGUAACUGUAAUUAGCAUUGAACGCUACUUUUACAUCGUACAUCCCAUGCGGUAUGAGGCUAAGAUGACCCCAUGGAUAUCCGCUGCCAUGAUGGGACUGGUUUGGGUGGCGUCUACUCUGCUUGGAUUUGCUACCGUCUUUGGGUGGCCCAGUUACGAAAGCCGAAGCUCCAUUGCUGCCACUCACUGCUCUCUGCAUUGGAGCCACAGCGGACAUCGACGGGUAUUCGCCAUACUUUUCUGCGCAGUUUGCUUUUGCAUACCAGCAGCCAUCAUUCUAGCCGUCUAUGCGAAUGUCUAUAAAGUUGCCCACAUGGCUGCACGGGAAAAGGGGCCGGUCCCUAGCUGGACAAUAGCAACUUCUCACCCAAAGCGUAGGUCUGAUUCUGUCAACAGCCAGACCACAAUCAUAACCACAAGCACUAGUGUAUGCAGAAAUCAAGUUCCUCAGAGAAAGAAGAGAACUUUGGUUGGAGGGAAAGCGGCGCUUACUUUGGCCAUCAUCGUGGGCCUGUUCCUGCUCUGCUGGCUGCCUUAUUUUGCCUUUCACCUUCAUUUGUCGCUGGGUUUCUCGCACAGUACUUCAGAAGAAGCAGAAGGACCCGUAACCUGGCUAGCGUACUCAACGUUCGCAGUAAACCCAUUCUUUUACGGGCUGCUCAACCGUCAGAUCAGGGAAGAGCUGUGUAAGAUACUCCUGUGUUGCCAAUCAACUGGCAGACCAGUGCGUCCCGAUGCGUCUGGUCAUGAGCGCACAGGGCACGAAGAUUUUUUUCAUUUCUUACACAGAAGCAGUGGUGGGGAAGGAACUAGAUGCAGCUCCCACCACACAAAGGGCAUGCUAGACCAAACAAGCUUUAGGAUACCGGGACAAAUACCAGAAGAGGUCACCUAAACUCUUAGAGCUAUUUAUGAAAUUGUCCUUACCUAAGCUUGAGUGGGGAGUUAUAUAAAAAACAUACACAAAAUUUCAAUUUUUAAGUCUUGAAGAGAUUUAAAGUCGACAUGAAACAACAUUUAUAACCCAUUUUACUUCCGUACUGUGAUGUAUUUCAGAGUGAAACAGAAUAUUCAAUAAGAAAACAUUUAAGGUGAUUUUAUCCAUUGGAAAUUGAUUAGAAGAUGAUUAAAAGUUGUCUCAAUAUGACAGGUGACUGGAGGCAAAGGGUUGUAAAAUAAAAGGGCUUUGUGGUGUCAGCUGAAAAGUAAAGUUGUUUUAGAGGUGGAGCAAGUUGUUACAUUUUGAUGAAAACUCACAAAGACAAACAUUUGAUUCUUUGGAAUAAUGUUCACUAUUGAAUCAAUUACAAUAAGGUAAGGAACGUGUAUUAAGAAUGUAAAAAGGAUCAGAUUUGGUUUUAUGUCAACUUUAA